CACAGAUGCAUGUUUACAGUGAUCUGAGAGCGCAUGAGGAGCAGGUAUGGCCGGGGGACGCAGGGGACUGGUGGCCCCUCAGAACACUUUCCUGGAGAAUAUUGUUCGCCGCUCCAAUGUUUGGACAUUUUCUCAUAGACAGACAGACACCAAUUUUGUUUUGGGUAAUGCUCAGAUUGUGGAUUGGCCUAUUGUCUACAGCAAUGAUGGAUUCUGCAAGCUGUCUGGUUACCAACGUGCUGAAGUCAUGCAGAAGAGCAGCACUUGCAGCUUCAUGUAUGGAGAACUUACUGACAAAGAAGCCUGUGAGAAAGUCAAUCAGACCUUUGAGAGCUAUGAGAUAAACUCUUUUGAAAUACUCAUGUACAAGAAGAACCGGAUGCCAGUGUGGUUCUUCGUCAAAAUUGCUCCAAUCCGAAAUGAACAGGACAAGGUUGUGCUGUUUCUGUGUACCUUCAAUGACAUCACAGCGUUCAAGCAGCCUAUUGAAGAUGAUUCAUCUAAAGGCUGGGGUAAGUUUGCUCGCUUGACGCGAGCAUUGACAAGCAGCCGUGGCGUUUUACAGCAACUUGCUCCAGCUGUCCACAAGGGCGAGAACGUCCACAAGCAUUCCCGUCUGGCUGAGGUAUUGCAGCUGGGUUCUGACUUUCUCCCGCAGUAUAAACAAGAGGCUCCUAAAACACCUCCCCACAUUAUUCUGCACUACUGUACCUUCAAAACCACCUGGGACUGGGUGAUCCUCAUCCUCACCUUCUACACGGCCAUCAUGGUGCCCUACAAUGUGUCCUUUAAGACCAAGCAGAACAACGUCACCUGGCUGGUGGUGGACAGCAUUGUGGAUGUCAUCUUUCUGGUGGAUAUUGUGCUGAAUUUUCACACCACUUUUGUGGGACCUGCUGGAGAGGUCAUCUCAGACCCAAAGCUCAUCCGCAUGAACUAUGUGAAGACCUGGUUCAUCAUAGACCUCCUCUCCUGUCUUCCUUAUGACGUCAUCAACGCCUUUGAGAACGUCGACGAGGGCAUCAGCAGCCUCUUCAGUUCCCUGAAGGUGGUCCGUCUGUUGCGAUUAGGGCGUGUGGCCCGUAAGCUGGACCACUACAUAGAAUACGGGGCGGCGGUACUGGUCUUGCUGGUUUGUGUCUUCGGUCUGGCCGCCCACUGGCUGGCCUGCAUUUGGUACAGCAUCGGAGACUAUGAGGUCAUAGACGAGGAAGCCAACAUGGUCCGUACGGAUAGCUGGCUGUAUAUUCUGGGAGAAGCCGUCGGCUCGCCGUAUCGCUUCAAUGCCAGCGGCACGGGAAAGUGGGAGGGGGGACCCAGCAAAGACUCAGUCUACAUCACGUCACUGUACUUCACCAUGACCAGUCUGACCAGUAUUGGCUUCGGGAACAUCGCGCCCACCACUGAUGGAGAAAAGAUCUUUGCUGUGGCCAUGAUGAUGAUUGGCUGUGAGUAA